AUGCUGUGCUGCUCGCUUAUGCUGGAGCCACCCUCGACUGCCCACGGCACAGGCAUGAAACUGCGUAGCCGUAUGAAAAUCGCCCAGUUCGAUUCCAUCUGCUGGGGAUAUGUUGGCGAAACCGUACCCAGCUUCAGAGAUUUGUAUCUACAAAGCCAUGCGCCUACCAUUUAUCAUGACCCCAUUAAAGUAGCUGUUCUAGCCGUCGAAUUACUUCAAACUCUUUGGUCCGAUGAGUUCGGUGGACACUUUGAUACGCACCUGUCAGAUCAAAUGGAAUCUGCGGUUGGAAUUUCUACAGCGUAUGUUGUUUCGGACGAAGAGAACAUAGUUAUGAUCACCUUGGGGAAUUCGAAUGUGAAAGAGGGAACGGCCAACACUGCUUCCCUAGAGGGAGUCAUGGUGCCGGAAUGGUAUCACCAUGAACAUCAAUGGAUGAAAUGA